CCUGUUGCCAGUUUUUGCCGAGUGUCCCCUCUUGUUCGAUUUCUUUCUCUAUGACAGAACGCUGGCAACGUUUAGAAGUUUCCGCAGAACAGUUGGUUGGCGUUUCGCAGUCGACGUAUGCGCCGUCCACCAUGGCAUCUCAAGGGAGGCAGCACACGCUGUGUGGUUUUACCGAAGAACUGGACUGGAGACCGCUGCGCUUCGUCGAGCCUAUUCCUGCGCACAGAAUAUGUGACGCAUGCGGUGUGCUGCCCAGAGUGACCGUUUUUCUGCCCUGUCGACACGUGCUGUGCAAAAGCUGCUACGAGCAGUGCGUACUCGACGACGGACGCGCCUGUUCACUCGACGGUGGCCAGUUUCUUCCAGAGGACGCUGAGUGGAGAGACUUUCCGUUGGAGAACCUGCUCGGGCGGAAGGUAAAAUGCUGGAAUGAAGAACGGGGCUGCAACAUGGUUUUGGCUGCGUCAGAGCUGAACAAGCAUUUUUGCAAUGACUGUGACCACCACUCUACGUCAUGCCCUAAUUGUUCAGAGGUCGUGCUCCGUAGCAAUGUGGCCGCGCAUUUACGUAGCAAAUGCCAAGACUAUGUGAUAGCUGUGAGGUCCUGGGCUCUAGAAAAGUCAGACAGUGACCGAAAAAUAAUGAUGGUGGCUCUAAAUGCAAACUUUAACUUGCGAGUAGUUGAAAUGAAAGAGAGGCUAGACGAAGUUAUUAGUGAUUAUAUUGCCCAAAAUGAUCACCUAAAUAACCUUUCACGUUCCAUCAACACGGUCAAAGAAACACUGCUACAAAGGUCAAUCGGAAGUAGUACUUUGGAUCAACUUGCUUCCCAAUCUACAGUUACGUUAUCGUCAGUUAGAGCAGUCGAGGAAACAUCGAUUGACCACAGGGGGGAGGCGCGCAUGCUUUCAGCAGCAAUAACCUAUUCAAUAAAAGAGCUCAAGGAAUGCUUAGAAGUCACGAAACGAACUGUCAACAAGCUGAAAAUGCUCAAGGAAAUUUGCGACGGUGUUAAUGUUCUGAGGGAAGCCUUUGGCAAAGUGCUGAACGACGCGGCAAGGACAUUCAGCAGAAAGUGCGGCGGAAGUGUUGCGGGCAACGGUGAAGUGAAGGACACUGAGAAACAAGGAGGGCCGAGCGCAAUGAAUAAAGAAAAAGAACUCGCCUUAAACACAAUCAACAUUAUGCGAUAUGAGUUUUUUGUUAAGGGAUACAAAGCAAUGAAAGACGACGCCUAUUGGAAAGGCUUUCAUUCUUACUCGUGUGAGAAGAGCUACAUCUCUGGCUAUCACGUAUCGCCAGGAGUGUAUUUGGUUAAACAGGGAGAUUGUCUAUUACUGCAUCCUCAUAUUCAGCUGCACAAGGGUGUGAUCGACGAAUGUCUUCAGUGGCCUUUCAGUCAGAACAUUCAGGUGACCGUCAUACAUCCAUCCCAAAGCAAACGGUGCCAGAAAGUGUGGAAAAAUAGCGGUGUACUUAAGUUGUAUGGAAGACCCCAAGAAACAAGCAACGUCGGCUGUUACUGCGACACUGUUUCAUUUCGCAUAGAUGAUCUUGAACGUGAAGGGUACGUCACGGAGGACAAGCUUCACAUAGUGUGGGAGCUUCUUGCCUAGGACGUAGCAAGAUAAAUGAGGGAAUUUUACCUGUUUCUUAAAAUAGAUAUGCCGUAUUAUUUCCUGAAAACAAACUUUGCUCUUCCAGAUGCCUUCGUUGAAAGCAAAAUAAAGUUUCGUCGAGAACUUUG